CAUCAUAGGGUAUAUUGUUAUGUAAUAAUGGAUAAACAACUUGAAACUUUAGUGACUUGCGCUGUAUGUUUGGAUCGCUUUGUCCAUCCAAAGAUCCUACCAUGCCAACACACAUUCUGUUUGAAACCUUGUCUGCAAAACCUUGUGAUUGAUAAAAGCAUACGAUGUCCGCACUGCCGAACCAUCCACAAACUACCAAAGCGAGGUUUAUCCGACUUCCCCAACAAUCUUACGAUAGUUUCUAUUUUGGAUUUUUCACCAAAACCAAAUUCCGACAUCAAGAUUUGCCAGGAAUGCUUGAAAUCUAAUUGCGCAACACUGCUGUGUCAACACUGUGAGAAGAAAUUAUGCGAAACGUGUUUAAGUGUUCAUUCCCAACAACUUAUACAAGGAUUAAUGAGAUCAGUUAAUCAGGUUCGUCGAUUGUUUUCCAAGAUGUCCGAAAUGAUUACUGAACUUGAGAGUCGACAAAUUAAAUCUAAAACCGCCGGAGAAUCUGUGAAAACAGACAUUAUUAAAGCAAUAGAUCGCUGUAUUGUUCAGUUGACCAACAGAAAGAAAACUCUUCUUGGACAAGUUGACUUGUAUGUCAAUGCUGAAGGAAGGCAACUUAAAGCUGAACAAGAAAACCUUGAAAUGGAGUUGGUCAACAUGAGUGGACAUUGUGAAAAUGCAGAGAAGAAGUGUCAACAUUUCCUUGAUGGAACAAAAAGGCCAACUGAUCCAUCUUUCCAAAACGAAAUAACUCGCUUGACCCACCAGAGUAAGGAACACUUGAGAAAUAUGAAGUUAAUCAGAUCAAAUGUUGAGGAACGGAUGCUACGAUGCAUCGAGUUCCACAAUGACAAUGAGCACACACUGCAUGCAUUGAUGUCAAGUGUUGGUGAGGUCACUUUUACUUCUCCAACCCAACUCUCAUUCAACCUCGGUAGCAACGCUGUUUAUAAUGAAAUGGAGAUUGAAAGGACCUUUGAAAGAUCUAGAACACAGUCCGAGGAAGAUGCUGACAUAGUGAGCAAUUACAUUCCAUCCUUUACCUCCCCAACCACCUCACCACGACUUAAUGUUGAUUCAUCUGUGGGAUCUUUUAUAUCAGCUUUGAUCACACCAAGGAUAACAAACCCAACCCCUGCUUUAUCAAUCAAUGCACAAGAAACUCAAACAUUCCUAAGGAAUAAAGGAAGAGUAAAAAGAUGUUUCAGUUCAAAGGGUUCUGACAUUUCAUCGUUAAACUGGCCACGAGGUGUCGCUGUGAGCCCCACAAACCAAAUCAUCGUUGCAGACAGCAGUAACCACAGAGUUCAAAUAUUUAAUGAAGAAGGCAGUCCUGUCCUCACAUUGGAAGUUAUGGAUCAGGUGAAGCUGAGUUUGACUGCUUGGCCGGCAUCCAUGUCACCUCCCAGGGUUGGAUCAUUAUAUCGGAUCGCUACAAUCAUCGGAUCCAAAUAUUUGACAGCAUGGGAAGAUUUAUCCGAAUGUUCGGACAGGAAGGCUCAGGUGAAGGUGAUCUAAGUUAUCCUUGGGGUGUUUCAACCGACAAUAUGGGUUUUGUUUACGUUUGUGACAAAGACAAUCACCGAAUACAGGUCUUCACGCUUGAUGGUCAAUUUAUCCGAAAGUUUGGGCGACUGGGAACGUAUGAUGGUCAGUUUGACAGCCCCCUCUACCUCGCUAUUACUAGCGAUAAUAAAGUAUUAGUGAGUGAUAAUGGCAACCAUCGAAUCCAAGUUUUCGACAAGUACGGUCGUUUCAUGUUUAAGAUCGGACGGGAAGGCUCGGC